GGAGAGUUGCAGUUGACCACUUUGCCGAUGCGUGACGUCGAUUGCAAAUGUUUCGUGCUUCCAUCCUGCGUGUAUCUUGCUCCCUGCGUCCAACCACUACCAUCCAUCGCUCUCAAUCGAUUCGCCACUUACGAAACUUGAGAUCCAUGUCGUCGCUCAACAUCGUGUCUACUUCCAGUGCGUUCCCCUCGAUGAUCGCGGUCCAGAAAACGCGUCAUGUCUUCCUUUCCAGACGCACCGGCUGCUGUCGGCCCAUACUCCCAGGCAAUCAAACUGGGCGACCUGCUCUUCUGC